AUGAGUAUUAUGAUGGGGCUUGUAACCUCAUCAUUUGUACAAAACUUGGAAUUGUCAUACUUCACCUAUGGUGCUCUUACAGGAUUGGGCGCUUGUGUUUGUCGCACCUCAGCAUUUCUUGUAGUUUCUAUGUACUUUAACAAAAAGCGCUCUUUUGCUACGGGGAGUGUUACAAUGGGGCCUUCAUUAGGAAUGUUUAUGUGGGGCCCUAUUGCACAGGUUCUUCUUGAUUCAGUUGGUUGGAGAAAUACUUUUAGGAUCAUGGCAGCAUGCUGCUGUCUGAUUAUUAUUGCUGCUGUAACUUAUAAUCCUAUUGUGGAAGAGAAAGACAAAAUAUUAGAGAAAGUUGAAAGUAGAAAGGAAAAACGUGAACUAGACAAUAAGGUAAACAGUGCGAUGCUUCAAACCAAGAGGGAAAAAGGAAAAAUUGUUGAUUUAUCUGUGUUCAUGAUACCUCAGUACUGUAUACUGGUGGCGUCAUUUCANAUGUACUUUAACAAAAAGCGCUCUUUUGCUACGGGGAGUGUUACAAUGGGGCCUUCAUUAGGAAUGUUUAUGUGGGGCCCUAUUGCACAGGUUCUUCUUGAUUCAGUUGGUUGGAGAAAUACUUUUAGGAUCAUGGCAGCAUGCUGCUGUCUGAUUAUUAUUGCUGCUGUAACUUAUAAUCCUAUUGUGGAAGAGAAAGACAAAAUAUUAGAGAAAGUUGAAAGUAGAAAGGAAAAACGUGAACUAGACAAUAAGGUAAACAGUGCGAUGCUUCAAACCAAGAGGGAAAAAGGAAAAAUUGUUGAUUUAUCUGUGUUCAUGAUACCUCAGUACUGUAUACUGGUGGCGUCAUUUCACUGGUCAUUUACAUUGAUGUUCCUGUGUCGCUUUAUUCCCAAUAUUCAUUUGGUAAGUCAUAUUCAUUGUUACUUUAUGGUAUUAUACCAUAUAAUGACAAAGGUAGUACUCGGAUACUCCCUUAGCUUCCCAACAGAGUGUACCAGUUUCGUAAAGUAUUUUUGAUGUAAUAUAUAUCAAGGCUGGAUGAUAUGCCGUGUUUCAUCACCAGAUGCGUUUGAGAAGUUCUCUUUACAACCACUCUAUUAAGUUACCAGCUCUAGUUAUGACCAGCAUGUGAAACCCCAAUUAACCUCAAUGGCUCGAGUUCUGUAAUGGAAAGCUGUCGUAACUGACUGUAGAAAUUACUUUUUGUUGAAUGAAAGCAUUUCUUAACUUCUUGAUCAAAUUUAGGGUUCCAUAAUACAUAUUAGCACUAAUAUAACUAGUGUUUCGUUAACUUUGCAAAAUAAAUUAAUAAAAUCAGAUCUUUUUGAUAUUAUUUUACCUGUCAUAAAUGUAUGGUAAACAAAUGCCAUAAGCUUUUGCUGAAAGCCCUUGCAAGUGACCAGCCUCAGUAAGUUUAUCUUCUGGUCACUUAAGAAAGCCCAUGAUCAGCUGUGAAGUUGGGACCACUAUUGGAUUCCGGAGGCAGUCACUUACAAUAGGGAUCUUUCAUUAAAAGUAUAUUCAAUCAAGUCUCAUGACUGAACUGCAACAUGCAUGCAAUGCAAGUAUGAUAAAGGGUGUAAAUGGUAACUCUUUUUGGCUCUAAUGAUAGUAAUAUUAUAUUUCAGUCCCAAUGCAGUUAAUUUUAAAUUUCUUUGACAAAUGCUCCAGUCUGUAUUUGAUGUGUCUGGACCCAUCCGAUCCAACUUCCAUAUUCCAAUCCACCCAUUAAGUAUAGGCACACGAUUCUGUCAUUCUUUUUUCUGUUCCCUUAAUGGCAUGUUAAAAGUUUUUUGUUUCUCCUAAAUCUGUUGUAUUUCAGGUUAAUUACAGUGAAGAGCUUAACAUCACAGCCGAGAAAGCAUCCAAGUAUUACAUGUUUUUAGGCUUAUCAUCUGCAGUAGGGAGACUAUUAUCUGGAAGACUGUGUGAUGUCAAAUUCAUCAACAUACAAAAUGUAAACCAACUGGGAAUUGCAAUUACGGGCAUGGCUACUGUGCUACUACCACUGGCCAGAACUUUUGUUUCUGUUGCAUUUUACACUGUGGUUUUUGGGUUUGCUGAUGGAGCAUUUAUGACAACAUAA